AUUUAUGUGGAGAAAACACCACUAGGUAUAGCGUCUUUGUUGUUCCUAUCCCAGCCGUGUGCUCGCUCACUCUCUCUGUGUCUGUGUCUCUCUCCCCACACUGCCAUUCAAUCAAGUGAAUACUGAAGGUAGUGUAGCCCAGCGCUUCGAUAAGGGGAUUGUUUCCAUUUAUAUCCCAGUGGAAUGCGUGAACAGUUCAAGCCCACGGCUAUGAGGUGUUCCUUGUUUUAGAGGAGAUUUUUUUUACCAGCUUCUCCCUCUGUCUCUUUCUCACUCCGUCAUGUGCUUGUUUAUGCAGAUCAGAGUCCCUCUGAGGAUUCCUGUGCUACCUGGACUAAAACCAGCUCUACUAAAGCUCAGGAGUUCUUACCAUAGUUAAAACGAUAAAGUUCACAGUACAGUGCUGUUAAUGAACCAGAGAUGAAAGCACAGUAAAAGGAAAAAUAUGUGACAGAAGAAUUUAAAAAGCAACUUGACUAUAAAAAAAACUUUAUUUGCCUCAACUUAACAAAACUACAUAUAAUGGAGUGGCUGUACAAUAAGUUCACAUAGAUGGGCUGAGUUCUGAGAUUACCUUGUUGGGCCACAUCAUAAGGAUUUCAGAUAUCUGUAAAUAUCAGAGAAGAUGGUGCUGACAACCACUACUGGCACCUUAAUAAUUUAUGUUUGUACAAAGAGAAUAAGAAAAGUGAACGACAUGCCUUGGAGACAGUCUGUGUGACGUCAGAAGGCUGACAGUGAUCUUUAAGACAGUUUACCCCCAUUGUUACAGGCAGCAGGAGCUGCUUGACCUUUUCUCACUGUUCAUCAUUCGCACUGCUUCAUUUCACAUUGGAGGAACAGGAGAAGAAAAGCUUGGACGCUGUUGUGCCGGCGCUUGGCGACAGCCUGGUGGAGACGGCGGGCACGGCAACGGCGCUGGAUGGUGGUCAGCUGGGGACCACGGCACCACACGACGACCUCACAGAGAUGUUAAAGGACUCGGACAGAGCCAACCGUGAUCUGAAUGAGGCCAGUGUCAAGGCUGAAACUCUACCCGACAUGAAGGAAGAAAUCAAGUCGGACCUCGAACAGAAGACCAUCGAGUCGGUGCCAAACUCAAAUAAGAUGACGAACGGAGAAACUGAUACCAGUAAGGUGAAGGCCGAAGGAAGUCCCACCACCACAACCACCACCACCACCACAACGAAAUCACACAAGGCACAUCCUAAUAAAAAAUUGAAAAGCGAGAAUGGGCCGAAUUCGGACAGUGUCGGUAAGAUGGGGGCUGGUCCCCACCAGACAAUGAUGUCCAUGUCGAUGGAGCCGCCAUUCAUGCAGCAGCAGAGUCAGAUCUUUGUGUUCUCCACUGGACUCGCCAACAAGGCGGCCGAGAUGGUGCAGCAGGGCCAGUACAAGUCCAUGCUGGGCUACCACAUGGACCAGCCCAACACCAAGAAGUUCCUGCAGGUACUUAAAUACACCAAAUCUCAGAUGUCUCGAUCUGGUCAAAUGUGCUAUGGCAUCAGAAAUCCCACCCCUCAGAUGAUGAAGGGUCAGCCACCCAUGGGAGGUUUUGGACCAAAUCCUGCAUCCAGCAUUGCCCAGUGGGUCCAGCAGCAGAAUAUCAACCUGGAGGAACAGGGCAUGAACAUGAACAUGCCCAAUAUGAACUCUCAUGGACCUUUCCCUCAGGGCAGUCCCAGAAUGAUGGGCUGGUCACCUCAUGGUCCCAAUCCCAUGGGACCCAACAUGCAAAUGAUGCCAGAUUUUGAUGAUUUCGGACCAGGAGGCCCUAUGAAUGUUAACUUGUUACGGAGUAAAGUACCAAAUGAAAACUUGACUCCAAUACAGCUUCAAAGGAGAGAGGAGCAUUUAGCAAAAAUACGCAAAAUUUCACAAAUGUUGCUUCCAGAAGAACAUCGUGGAGGUGUGAUGGGACCCCAGCACAUGGGUCCUCAGCAGUGUGGUCCCGGAAGGGGUCCUGGGCCAGGUGGUCCCAUGAUGCCGGACGGAAUGCAUCCCAUGUUUCAGCAGGGCAUGAUGUCACCACCGGGUAUGAUGGAACAGACUAUGGGUCAGUCUCAAAGCAUGAUGGCAUCUCCGCACGGAAUGAUGUCUUCGCAGCAGCAAUUCAUGAUGUCACAACAGGGUAUGCCACAGUUUGGACCUCAGCCUCAGAACAUCAAUCCUGCCCAGCGAGAGUGGAUGAGGCUGCAGGAGGAAUUCUAUAAUGAACAGAGACAGCGGCAGAUGCAGAUGAAUCCAAACAUUGAUCCAAACUCUGCUCAAGGACCACCACCAUCAUAUCUGACAUCGAUUGCUCAAAAACGGCAAGGGGUGAUGAGAAUGGGCAGAUCUACCUCUCCAAACCUUAAUGGACCGCCAAUGCAUGGACAAAGUCCAGAGCAUGACCCACUGAUGUUCCCUGGCCCUAUGGGACCAAGACAUCCUCUUUCACCUAUGGAUCCGACAGGCAUGGUGCCCGGAUUCAGUUCACCCAUGCAUCCUCAUGCCGGUGGUCUUGAUCCAAAUAUGAUGCCAAACAUGCCUGGGAAGAAUGGCCCUGAUAUGAUACCCCCUUCAUCCAUGACUAAUAUGAAAGCUCCACCACAUGUGUCGUUACAUCGAGUUGGAAAUCCUGAACAAUUUCAACCUGAAAUUCCUGGUGUUAAUUCAGGUCCUGUUGGGUCAUCGAAUAAUGCUUUAAAUAGUAAACCACCACCUAGUUAUGCACAGGCUCAGAAAAGGAAAAGAGACGAUUUAGAUGAAAUCUAUAAAAAUUUACAACCGACACCUUCUCCACAGCAAAUAAACUAUUUAAAUCAGUUUGAAGGACAAGAAUUGACUAUAACAAAACAGUUGAAUACUGCGUACAGAGAAACAAAUAGUGCUGGUGAUCCGCAGUUAAACCACUUUCAACACAAUCAAGUUCAUUCGCCAAUGCAUGGACCAAAUUCAAAUAAGGAACCCAUGUCAAACUCCAGCCAGACGUCAAGUGUUGGUCCGUUGUCAAGUCCUGGUCCUAUGCCAGGUCCCUCACCCCUUUCAGGUCCUCAUAUGUCUGGUGCCAAUAUGAGAUUAUCCCAUUACGAUCCCCCCUCUAGCAGUGUCAUAACGAGUGCCCCAACCACACCAACUGUCAAAGCAUCCAUGUCAAACAUCACAUCAGCUAGUUUGGCUAAUUUAGCAAAGGGUGUUGAACAUUUGUCUAAUCAGAUGCAGCAGAAUAUGAUGCAGGGAGGACCCUUUCAUAGUAUUCAGAUUCAGAAUCAGAUGGGCAAUAACUCUUCUCAGAGUGGCAGCCAGCCGCCACAAACGCAGCAACAACAACCACAGCAACAUCCAAAUCCACAACAUUCACAGCAGCAGCAACAACAACAGCAGCAGCAGCAGCAACAGCAGUCUCAAUCUCAUGUUCAGCAGCAUCCUCCGACAUCACUUUCUCAGCAGAUUCCUGGAAGUUCCAUUGCACAUUCUCAGUCAACACCUAGUAUUAAUAACACGUAUGUCAAUGCAACAAUGUCAAUACAGCAGUUGAACAUUCAGACGAACAAUCCAGGAAGCCAGGGAUACAAUCCAUCAAUGCAAGUACAGCAAAUGAACAGUGAUACACACAUGUCUUCAUCAGGACCAGGUCCGCCACAUCCUAGCGGUCCAGGUGGGAUGCCUCAUGGACCAGGCAUGCCAUCAGGACCUGGAGGAAUGCAGCAAACACAACAAGUUUCUAUGUCACAUUCUCAGAUGCUGGGAGGUCCUUCACCUGUAGGCCCAGGUCCCGGGGUAAUGAAUCACGGUGGACCAGGUAUGGGGCCAAAUGGUGGUCCUGCCAUGGGUCCAGCUGCUAUGGGCCCUGCAGGUCCUCCUGGAAUGGUUCCUGGUGGUUCAGCACCUAUGACAUCUCAGGGUAUGGGUCCAGGACCUGGUGGUCUUCCUAUGGGUCCUGGAAAAUCACCACAGUUUCCGAGCCCAAACCACGGAGGCAUCACAAGCCAGCCAAGUCCUAUGAUGCCGCAGGGUGGUGCUCCGGGUGGCAGAAUGACCUCUCCUGGAUUUUCACCGAACUCGGUGGGCAACGCCAGUGUUCAGAUUCAACCAAAAGCACCCAAUACAAUACAGUACUUGCCAGCCAACCCUCCAGCCUCUCAGGCCAGCAUGCCAGGACCAAAACGCUCAAUAGAAAUGGAAUACAUGCAGAGGUUUGCCGCACCACUGACAAAUUUGGAAGGAAAAAAUCCCACAUCCACGUUGCAGUAUUUCCCAACAAACUCUGGUCCAAACAUGAAAUUGUCUGGCAUGGGAGAGGCGCCUUUCCCCAACCAGCAGAUGACAAUGCAGCAGCAGCAAUCUAUGAUGAUACACAGAGGCAACACACCUGAUUUCCCUCCAGGCAUGGGACCCCCAGAUGGCAUGCCACCACAGAUGGCCAACAUGCUUCAACAGAUGGAAGGGGCUGGUGCUUCAAUGGGACAGAUGAACAAAAUGGCCAACAUGGCCAACAUGGGAAUGAUGGAUGGGCCAAAUCAUAUGUCUCCCAUGAACAAUAACAUCCCUCCUGAAGCCAUGCUUGCCAUGCAGGGUGGAAUGGGUCCAAAUGGCCCCGGGAUGGGUGCCAUGAACUUUGGCCCUGGCGGUUCCAUGGGUAGCAUGUCACCUCUGGAAAUGAGGGGUGGAAUGGGUAAUGGACACACUGGGGGUCAGGGCUUCAUGCCAAACGGACAGUCUGUUGGUGGUGGUGCAGGUGGCAUGAUGCAGAGUCACCACAUGCAAAUGCAAGGACACGGCGGCAUGCCUGGAAUGCCCAUGCAGGGGCCAGGCAUGCCUAGGCAACAUAAUCCGAAUUCUGUGCGAAUGCCGGGAAAUCCGAACAUGAUGUUGGGAGGACCUCAGAAUUACAAUGUACAGUAUCAGCAAUUUCAGCAACAGUUAUAUUCACAGACUAGACCUAGGCAAAUGUCUCCUAUGAGUGGUAUGAUGGGAAGCCCAGGACAGCCAUAUAUGCCCAAUAUGCCAUAGAUAUAGGUGUAUAAUAUAUAUGUGCCAUGUGUUGUCUGUUUUGUGAUAAGGAUUUAAGGCAUAAGCUCAAGCAUUUAAAAAAAUACAGUUUCAUACAGCUCAAGGCAGCGUCUCAGGAAAAGUGAAUAGAGAAAGAAAAAUAACAAAAACAAGCAGUAUUCAGGUUUUGUGUGUUGCUGUGGCAACUGUGGAGAAACAAAUGCUGAUUAAUUGAGUUGUGGUUUAGCUGUUGAGAUUUUCGCCUGGAUUACAAAUUCACUUCACCUUCCAUGGAUCAUAGCAUAUUUUUAAUAAUCUACUACGAUAGGUAACCUAUGACAUAUUUUGUGCUAAAAUUCUGUAUUGUUUUUGUUUUUUCACUAGCGUGAUUCUCACAUGACUAAUGCUAACUGUAAAAUUAGUGAUUAUUGCUCAAGAAAGUUAAGAUUUUUUUUUUUGUCACACUGUUAGACCAUAUCAUCGCACCUGGAAGCUGGUGUUUGAAUAAUCUUGAGUGCACACACAUACACACCACACACUCACUAACUGCCAUUUGUUAUGACUUACUUCAAGUGUCAUACACUGGCAUUUUUUCAAGUGUGUCCGUAUUUGUCGAUCCAUGUCAAAUUGACAGUCCCAUUUGGGAAAAUAUUUUAUACGUAACAUGUGAGACAUGAACUUUUGUAGAACAAUAUGUUGCAUUUGUGUUCACAAAUGGAACAGUCCUCAUAAUCGGUGACAGAACGAAUUUGUGAUCAUGUUUUCCAUGCAACUGUACUGGCAUUAUCAUACUAGGUUUUAGGCUUGCAUGGGAGGUAAGUGGGUGGAGUUUAUACAAAAAAUUUAAAGAUCAAUUCUAAUAGGCUGUAAUUUGAAAAACUAGUUUUUGCAAUAUCUCCUGCCAGUUGUUUGGUUUAAUUAAGGGACACAAAUGUCUUUCUAUCAAGCUGCUUCGGACAGUUUACAACUGUUUGAUAAAUUUCAAAAUGAAAUAAGAUUGAGUUUGGAUUUUAUGUUUUGUUUUUUAAUCCAAUGAAAUGAAAUUAAUAUGUUUAUACAAUAUAGUUUUAGCCCCUGACAAAAGUUAUCUAUCAGAAAUGAUCUCACCGAGGAUUUGAAUUUUUAUACAUUAUUAACUAAAAAAACAAGGGGUCGUAUUUACAAAGCCUGGUUUUGUUUUCUUAAGUGCAGUGCCCAGUUGUUCAAAUCAUGGUUAAAUUAGCACUGCGUCAAUCUAAUAUUUUCUUUUAAUGAUUUUUUCCACAAAUAUGAAAUACACAUUAGAUUUGAUUGUUUAUGGAUACCUUUGGAUGUUCUAAAUUAAGUUUCAACAUGUUUUCAAACAUUAUUUGUAUUGAUUCAUUCACUGGUUUUGAAAAUUUCUGUUAACCACUGGUUAACCAACAUUUGAACAACAAACUCCAGGUACUUCAGCAUUGCAAUAUAUAUGUACAUGUGUGUACGGCAAAAUCAGGCAUUGUAAAUUCAGCCUAACAUGUUUUCUAUGGUACUUAAUUAUAAUUAUGCAGAGGUUAUAUCAUUUCGGUUAAUAGUUAACUAAUUUCAUUUCAUCAUCAUUAUCAUAUUUAUAUGUAGUUGUGUUCAUGCAAUAUUUUUUCAUCUAGAGGUAAGAAAACUUUAGUUAAACUUAUUUAUUUUAGUGUUAUAUUCCGUGUACUAAUUAAAACCCUUCACAUUCCACUUCAGUCCUUAUUGACUCGUAUUUGUCAGGACAGAUAUUGUAAAAACACAGGGAUGGAAUUGGCCACUAUUUAGUCACAAAUGUGACCAUGAUUUAUUUGAUGGUAUCUUAAAGGAAACAUGUCACGUAAACCAUAUUUGGCACCAACCAUGUACAAUUAAUUAUAAAUUGAAUCACCUAAAAAAAUAAUUUAUAAAAAAUUAAUUACUUAAAAUAUCUCCAUAA